AUGCGCGCCGCCGCUCUCGCCCUCGCGACCGCGGCCCUCAGCGCCUCUCUGGCCAUGGCCCAGCACCAGCAACAGCAGCACCAGCAGCACCAGCAGCAGCAGCAGCAGCCCAACUACCCGACACUGGACACGCCGCACCGGACGCCGUCGCCGGCGCAGGCACAAGCGGCAGCCCCCCCAUCACGCAACGCGCCGCCGCCGGCGCCCGCCGCCGUCGUCGACGCCCCUGCCAGCUUCUACGAUCCCGUUGCCGACAACGAAGACAACGACGACGACUACGCCUACCCGCCGCACCUGCUCCGGCGCAACGGCGAGCCCGGCCCCCCCGCCGACUCGUUCGCGCUGCGCCCCCCUGUCGCGCCCGAGGUCUUCGAGGUCGAGGACAUCGACGAGGUGUACACGGUGCGUCCGCCGAAGGCACAAGUGCUGGCGCCGGGGCUGCGGCGGCGCGGCGCGGCCGCCCCCCCCGCCGACUCGUUUGCGCUGCACCCGCCCGUCGCGCCCGAGGUCUUCGAGGUCGAGGACGUCGACGAGGUGUACCGGGUGCAGCCGCCGAAGCCGCUGCGGCGCCGCGCCGAGUACAUUGACGACGACGCCGACGCCGACACCGUCUGGGGCCCGCCGCCUGGCGCGUACGACGCCGAGGUUGAGGCGCCGGUGCGCCGUCGUCGCAGCAAUGGCCAGCUGGAUGAGCAGCGCCUGCCUGACCCGCCGUUCAGGUUCGACCCUUCGGCUGAGCAGCCCCCUGAGCGUCGCCAGAUCAGCAAGCGCGCCAAUAAUAAUGGCAAGGACGUUGGGAAGGGCGGCAAGGUGCUCUAUAUGUGCCAGCAUAGCGAGUGGAAGGGCAUGUGCUGGCGCUACCAUACCGAUCCUGCUGUCUGCUACAAUCUGAGCCCGCUGUACGACAACCGCAUCUCCAGCAUUGGGCCCAUUGAGAGAGGCACCACGUGCUGGCUCUUCAAGUGA